AUGUACCACCACUACCCGUUUGCAGCAUUUCCGGCACCCCCGAACUUCUCCCCGUUCUCCGCCUACGCACCUUCCGAUUCCUCAAUCUCCCUCCCAUUCGACAAUGUCUCUAUCUCGUCCACAAAGCCGAUUCGGAAGAUUCGAGACAAGCUGAUCGACAAGAAACAACGCCGCAACCGGACCACGUUCACCACCUUCCAGUUGCACGCACUCGAGGCCGCCUUCGACAAGAGCCACUAUCCGGAUGUGUACGCGAGGGAAGCGCUCGCUCAGAAGGUGCAGUUGCCGGAGGUUCGGGUCCAGGUGAGUUUUGUUGUUAGGGACUCGAACGGACGGAAAUAAUUCACGAGAUGAAAACGGGCGGCCAUGCUCGAAUAGUUAGUGUUAUUGGGAAGAGCGGGCCUUGUUUGUUCGAUAUUCCCUUUUUAUUCACUUUGAGCGAAAUUGGGGUGAGAAAACAGUGAGAGAGAGAGGCCGUGUUUUCGGGUAAGAAAGUGAGAGUGAAAACUCGGCGGGGACUACUGCAUAUUAGCAAAGUGACGGGUACUGUAGCUCUCUUUGUUGGCCAGUUAGUGAGCUGUCCCCGUUGGUUCUCUUCAAGAAUCGUAUCAUUUCAACGGAAGGAAGUCACCUAGUUUCCCGUUAGCGCAAUUAAUCUUUUUGACAAGAAGACGUCACACUUUCCUCCUUAAAUGACCUAUUACUCGACGCCUUUUGAAUCGAACUCCGGUACAAUCUCGGGUACAGCUGUGAAAUCGGAUCCCAUCCGGGAACAAUUAGCCAGUCGGGUCCACUCCAAAUUGGCACUUUCCCCUUCCCGACACUUCCUCUCCUGGCACCCCGACAAAUCCCAAUUUCUUCGAGCCAAAACAAAACAAAACAAAGUGGGAUAACAUCUGACUAAUCGUCGCUCCGCCUCCUCGAAUUUCUCGUUGUCAGGACACAUGCCCAUUUAGGGAUUACCUCAUUGUUUCGCUCUUGUUGCGGCCGCGACGGACGGUCCGUUCGCAAGAGUGACUUGACGGGAUUACUGUGGUGGACGGGCAGGAAUGCGGAGUUUAAUGGACUGGAGGAGCAAGAGAGUGACAACUUCCUAAUUGGGAAAAAACGGGAAGAAAAUGAAGUGACAACCAGCCAGACACGAGUUAGAGCAGCACCUUUUUGGGCUUCAGGUCUGGUUCCAAAACCGUCGUGCCAAGUUCCGGAGACAGGAGAAACAGGACUCGAACGGAGAGGAGAAGCCCUCGCUGAAGGACACGAUGCCCGCGUGGUCCUGGAUGAGCGAGAACAAGACGAUGGCGCCCGCGAUGCUCCCGCCGGCUAAUGUGCUCGCGCACCCGGCGGUUCCGGCUGGAACUGAGUUCUUCAAAGGAUCGGAAGCCAAAGGAUCGGAAGCCAAUUACACGUCAGUUUCCCUCCGGUUUCUCGCCCCUUUCAAUGCUGUGUUUCAGAUUCCCAUUCGUCGAUUAUCCGCCUGCGAACGAGUUGAUUCCGACGAACGUAAGCCACGUCAGCAAGAGCGGAAACGUUUUCCACUUGAACUUUGACGAAAUUGAAAAGAAAAACGGCAAGAAAGUGAGUUUCUCGUCUGAUUUUAUUGCCAAACGAUAUGUUCGGUCGUUUCAGGAAUCUCCGGCGUCUCAGUCGUCGAACAGUCAGUUCAUAGCCGAUUACCAGCAGUUCAUCCCCUACUACUUCCCAAAUCAGACGUUUCCGAACACUUUUAACAAUUAUCCGAUGCCGUUCUCUUACCCGAUCCCUUUCGAAAACCCUCAAAUUUCUCAGGAAAACUGCUAG